AUGAAAUUGUUAUGGGAGUUGAUAGAGUUGGUCAGAGAUGUUUCACCAAAAGAUGACAUUUUUCAAAAUUUGGUUGUGUGUACUGAAGAUUGUAACUGGGAUCCAGUUAUCUUUGACAUGCUCAUUAAGGCUUAUGUGAAAGCAGUGAAGUUGAAUUGUAUUGACCAGUGUUGGGAAGUACAUGAGGAGAUGGGAAGGAUUGGGAUACACCCAAAUGUGUAUACUUUUAAUAUUUUGAUUAAUGUUUUGUGCAAGGAUGGAGAUGUUGAUAAAGUGAAUGCAUUUUUGGAGAAAAUGGAAGAAGGAUUUGAUCCCGAUAUUGUGACAUAUAAUACUCUAAUUAGUAGCUAUUGUAGGAAAGGAAGGUUGGAAGAUGCAUUUUAUUUGUAUAAGAUCAUGUAUAGGAGAGGUGUGAUGCCGGACAUGGUUUCAUAUACUGCCUUGAUGAAUGGUCUUUGUAAACAAGGGAAGGUAAGGGAGGCUCAUCAGAUUUUUCAUCGGAUGAUUGAUAGAGGGUUAGAUCCAGACACUGUAUCGUAUAACACUCUUAUUAGUGGUUAUUGCCAUGAGGGGAAGAUGCAAGAGUCUCGAUCAUUGUUGCAUGAGAUGAUCAGAAAUGUUGCCUUGUGUCAAGAACUUCGACCAUUUGCAGCUAAAAGUCUAUUAGAAAGAAGUUCUAAGGAUGGUCAUCUGCCUGGUUUGGAUAUCUAUAACAAAUUGAUUGAGUCUCUCUGUGAAAACCUUUAUGUGGCAGAGGCACUGCUUUUGAAAGCUGAGAUGGUACGUAAGAACAUUAAACCCGAUCUUAUUACAUACAGAACUCUAAUAUGCUGUCUAUGUCACAUAAGUAGAACAGCGGAAGGUGAAUCUCUAAUGGAAGAGAUGGCUGAAUCUGGUUUGGCUCCUAAUCUAGAGAUAUGCAGGUCAUUGAUAAAGGGGUACUGCAAAGAAAGGGAUAUUGAUAAAGCAGAAACAUUGUUAGGCUUGUUUGCCAAAGAAUUUCAAGUUUUUGAUUCUGAAAGUUACAAUACACUUGUCAAAGUCUUCUGUGAGGAUGGUGAUAUGGCCAAGUUGUUGGAGUUGCAGGAUAGGAUGAUGAAAGUGGGUUUUGCGCCGAAUAGCCUUACAUGUAAGUAUGUGAUCCAUGGAUUAUGGAGAACUGCAAGACCAGAUAAAGACAAGCUUCAUGUGGAAUAA